GACGACAUAAACAACAACAGAUCAACAGAUCAACAAUUAACUCGUAGUUUAGUAAUCAAGUUAACCAAGAGAAAUCAAUUGUUUAUUUCCACUCAUUUACUCACUCAAGUUUACAAUUUACAUGUCGCCUUGUAAACAAUUAACUUGAUGAAUCAACAUCAUCUUAAAAGUGAUCAUCAUCUUCAUCCUCAUCAUCUUAAUCAUCAAUAAAACAACAACAGUAUUAAGUGUCUUGUGUUGAUUAUCAAUCGUUUUUCAUUAUUCUAAUUUACUUUUUCAUUGAUUGAUUGAUACAAUUUCUUGAUUUGUGUUGAUAAGUUUUUAUUUUUUGCUAAUUCAAGUUAUUGGUUUUUUUUUUGUUUCGUUUUUGGAAAAAUCAUUUUGUUAAAAUCAAUUGAUUAACUUUUUGUUGUUUUCUUUUCUUGUGUUUUAAUUUGCCACCCAAUUGAUUUACCUACUGAUUAAUAAAUGAUUACAGUUAUUACAAGAUGAUGGUUAAUUGUUGUUAUCAUCUUUUCACCUGGGAUUUGCAAAAAAAAGUAAAUCAUUUGCAAUCAAUUGAUUGUGUGUCUCUCUCUGUGUCUCCACUUACUUCAAUUUACAGUGAUUAACUUGAUUGUUACAUUGAUUGUCAUCUCCAUCUCUCUUUUUCUCUCUCUCUCUCUCAUAUAAAUAUUUAACCUUCAAAUUAUGUCUCUUCUUAACGAACCCUUAACACCACCACCAACAAACCCCACUGUCCACUCAAUACACUCAUGUUUCGGCUGUGGACUUUCACUCUUGACCGCACCAUUUAUAGCCUUAGUUGCUGGACAUCAACACCAAUGGCACACCGAUUGUCUCAGAUGUUGCGAAUGUGAAAAAUCAUUAAGUUCAUCAUGUUUCCUAAGAAAUGGUCGUAUUUAUUGUAAAUCUGAUUAUCUUAAAUUAUCUCGAGUUAGUGUUAAGUGUUCAAAGUGUUACCGGAUUAUAUCACCAAGUGAUUGGGUUCGACGCGCCGGAUCCCAUGUAUAUCAUUUAGCAUGUUUUGCCUGUGAUUUAUGUCAACGACAAUUAAGUACUGGUGAACAAUUUACUAUCGAUAAUCAAACGGACGAUAUGAGAUUACUUUGUAAGCUUCAUUUCGGCGUAACAAGUGAAGGUGAUUCUCAUGACAGUAGUAGCAAUGAUUCAAUGUCCAGUUCAACUCCAAAAUCAAGUAAAACAAAAAGAGUCCGGACAACAUUUACCGAAGAUCAACUGAAGAUACUCCAAGACAAUUUCCAGACUGAUUCUAAUCCGGAUGGUCAAGAUCUCGAAAGGAUAGCCAAUACAACUGGACUUUCUAAACGGGUGACACAAGUUUGGUUUCAAAAUUCACGAGCUCGUCAAAAGAAACAUUUGAACAAAAAUCGCGUUCCAAUUGUCGGUGAAUCUGUAAUUAACUCUAGAUUACUUGGUAAUGGUUCUAGCAUAGCGAGUAUUGGACAAGGUGGGACAAGAGGUUCUAUCGGUGGUAAUGGUGGAGGUAUUGGUGGUGGUGGUGGAAAUAUUAAUGGUGGCAAUGUUCAUAAUAGUAUUUCUGGUAUUGGUACAAGUUCUGGGAAUACUUCCGGUUCCUCUUGGGGUGGUAAUACUGUGGGUGAAAUUCAUUCCAAUUCAAAUCAAUCCUGGUCUCUUUCAAAUGCUCACUGUUCUGAUGGCAAUUCAAAUUAAUUCAUUCUCAUCAUCAUCAUCAUACCAAUUCUCAUCUAACUGAUACGUACAAUUUCAUCAUCAUCAUCAUCAUGACAAAGGUUGUGUUCAUCAUCAUCAAUAAUUGAUCAUCAUGAUGCUCAUCAAGUAAGACUAUUAUUUAAAUGCAAUCCCACCUUCAUGUGUAAAUUAAAUCAUCUGCCACUUUAUCAUCAUCAUGAGUCUGGAAUGGGCAACGAACACAUAACAUGAAAAGAUCUUAAUCCUCGAAUCUAGAACUUUUUCCCCUUGUCGAAUUUCCUCUUUUUCCCCCAGUUCCACUUCUUUUUCUCAAGAUUCGACGCAAAAUGUACAAAUAUUAUAUUUAAGAACAAAAAAAAACUCCAAUUCGUUGUAAUUUGGUUAUAAUUUUCAUCUCAAAACAAUUAAUUUAUAUUUAACUUUUUCCAAAACACUCAAAAAAUAAGAUUAAGUUUUAUUCUGUUAAUCAUUACCCUUAAUUACUAUUGAAAACAAAACAACUAAAUUGUAAUUCUAAUCAACAGAUUAACAUAAAUUGAUGAUAACAAUUAAAAAUUUGAAUCAUUAAA